AGACCUGAGAUGAGUUCACUGUAAAGAAGGAGAAGGAAAGAAGCCCCACCAUGUGUGUCGACUGAGUGGAAACAGUUCCGCCAUCUCAGCCUUUCGUUGACGGACUGAAUGGCUCCCUGUCGGAUCACCGGACAACAAUAGAGCGCCUGUCUGGCCGCGGCAGAAAGCAACUUCGCCUUCCUGGGUUUCAGAACUUUCCACCGAUCCUGAUGGCUGGACACGGGUGGGAGGACUGGUUCGAGCGGGAGGAAUUCAUUGGACAGAUAAGCGACAUGCGAGUACAGAACCUCCAAGUUCAGAGAGAAGUGGUUCAGAAGAGGACCUUUACUCGAUGGAUGAAUCUGCAUUUAGAAAAGUGUAAUCCGCCCAUUGAAGUCCAAGAUCUUUUCCAAGAUAUCCAGGAUGGACGUAUCCUCAUGGCUCUUCUAGAGGAGCUUUCUGGCUGCAAGCUGCUUCAUGGGUUCAAGAAGUCGUCUCAUCGAAUCUUCAGACUUAACAACAUUGCCAAAGUCUUGUCUUUCCUUGAGGAGAGAAAUGUAAAGCUUGUCAGUAUUGAUGCUGUUGAUGUUGUAGAUGGAAACUCAUCCAUCAUCCUGGGACUUAUCUGGAACAUCAUUCUCUUCUUCCAGAUUAAGGAGUUGACUGGUAACAUACGGAGCCAGUUCUCUUCAACCUCCAGCUUGUCGUCCAUGCCGACCAGCUCUAACCUAUCCAACUGCAACAUGUCAAUGGCUGGAAGGCAGAUGGUGACCACAACUACAAGAGAACACAGCAAUGCAUUCAGAAAAUUGCUGCAGUGGGUACAGAAGCAAACGCGCAAGUAUGGUGUGCCAAUUCAGGACUUUGGGAAGAGUUGGACAAGUGGUCUUGCUUUCCUUGCAGUCAUCAAGUCCAUUGACCCCAGCUUGGUAGACAUGAGGAAGGCCUUGCUGAGAAAUGCCAGAGAAAAUCUUGAGGAUGCAUUCAGGAUUGCCCACUACAGUUUAGGUAUCCCACGCCUUCUGGAGCCUGAAGAUGUGACUAUCAGUGCACCAGAUGAACAGUCCAUCAUGACAUAUGUAUCACAGUUCCUUGAGCACUUCCCUGGGAUAGAGGAGCAAAAAGAGAGUUAUCCACUCAUCGAAAGGAGUAUCUCUGUGGGACGACUCAACUUCUGUGACCAUGACACCCACCAUUUGGGAAAUAGUGUUCAUAGCAGUAGAGUGAGAGAGAGGUGCAUCAUGUUCCAGAUGGACUGUGCACAACCUCCACCCCAAAUCUUAUUUUCUUUUGUGUCAGAGAACAGGGCGUCCGUUCCACCAUCGAUUCAACCAGCAAUAUCUCACACAUGGUCUAGUGAAGACUUCUUACUUCAUUCCACCUGCAUGGAAGACAAUUUAAGUAGUGCAGAAGAAAAUGCUGAGGAACCUACAGAAGAAGUCUUAACCAACUUAACCAGUAACUCUCUACAAUUAACACACAGUCACUCUUUCUUUGACUCUAUGUUGCCUGAGUUAGUGAAAACUGAGUCUGUCAUGGGCGAUUCUGCUAUCAGCUCUCCAGAUUCCUGGGUGGAGAGCGAGGAUGGAGUAGUUCCAGAGAAAUGUUGUGAGAGUCAACGUGACAAUUCAUUGUGUGAUUGUACAACACCUUGUGAUAUGUACUGUGCAACCCAUGUGGAAAUUACUUGUGCUGAUGGAGGAUCUGUCCCGAUUACAUGUGAAGUGCCAGAUGACCAGUCAAUUACUGAGACAUAUAUUGAUGAAGGUAUUUUUUCACUAAACUCCAUGGAUGAUAUACAGGUGAACGUCCAAAAAGAAGAAGAAAAAGAAGAAGGGGAGUUGGAUUACAAGGGAGUUGGAGAAAAGAAAGAGGUAGAUUUCAAGAACCAAACCGAAGACAUUUUACCAAAACCGCUGAAAAAACUUACAUUGGAAAAUGCACAUGAGAACAAAGAUUUUAAGUUUCGACAGACAAAUGCAAAUUAUCCUCUUAAAGAUGAAGCACCCUCACAGGAAGAACCUCCAGUUAGAAGACGGUCAUCAUUAGGAGCUCAAGAAGGUGAUGAUACUAACCAAUUCCAUGCGUAUCCAAAAACUGAAAAGCAACUCUGUUCUAAGCAAGAAUUUUCAGAGGUGUUAAGUGUUCCAUCAACUUCUCAUGAAGAACAGGAAUGUUUGAAGCGAGCUAUGGACCCUGUGAGGAAUUCACAGGUGAAUGAAAAAUGUAUUCAUUCUCAAGCUGUCAAUGGAGUUGAAUUGGAAAAUCAAUGUUACAAAACAGAUUGUCAACAUAAACAAAUGAGUGCAAAUUCUAUUGGGAAAGAUGAAGUAUCCCUUGACGUUGACCCCCUUAUUGUCCACUGUGACACAGAUAAAUUUGCCUCAUGUGGCGAUGACAAUCAAUUGGAAAGUGAUAAUACUAACCAAGCCCAAUGCUUUAUCAAAACUGAAUUGCAACCAUAUUCUCACAAACAACAUUGGCAGCAGGACAGUGUUACACCAAGAUCUUAUAAGCAAGAUUUCUUGAAGCAAGCUGAUUCACAAGUUAAUGAAGGACAGUUUGAUUGUCAGAAAAGUCUUAGGGGGGUAAAUAUUGACACUGUGUUUCAAUUGGAAGAGGAAUGGGAGAAAACAGUGUGUUCAUUGCAGGACAGAAGAAAGGAGUCAGGAGAAAACAUUUUACCUGUUGAGGUGGUUGCAGAAAUACAAAAGGAAGCGAUUGGUUACCCAGAUCUUCAAGCAAAACUGAACACAGAGAACCAAUAUGGAGAUUCAAAAAUAAGUUCAAACCAGAACGCAGAAAGUUAUCCUGUGAAUACAGAGGACAUGUCUCCAACUACAGAAACAGCUGGACACCAUGAUGAUCCACAAAAGAACACUUUUGAUUCGGAUAACCCUCAGCCCCUAGGAAAGAAUAGUGACUUAUGUUAUGAACCACUUGGUUCAUCCGCGAAAAUGAAUGAUUUUUCCACAGACUUCAGCCAUGCUAGUGACUUUAUCGAGCCGAUGGAUUUGUUUUACCCAUACAAAAGGGAAGCUCUGUUUCCAGAGCCACUUGAUAAUAAAAUGCAGAGCCGGCCAUCUGUUUUGAGUGUCACAGCCCUUGAGCCAGCUCCGGCUUGCGAGACUGUACCUGAAGAUCAACCACUUUAUCUGAUGGAUGAAGACUUUGUGAAGUUGCUAAAGGAAGACACGGUGAAGACUGCCAUCAAAUAUAAGACUUUAAGAACAUCUGAACAAAAAGAACAGUGCCAGUUGCCUUUGGCGCAAAUCAGAGGACUCAUAGGCUGUGUUUUUCCACCUGACUGCAGUGAUCUCAGUGAGGCUCAGCAAGAUAGCCAAGGCUCUUCCUGUGAAAGCACUAUGAGCUCCGCCUCAACUGAUCUGAAUUUUCCUUUCAGACUUGGCACUAAAAUUCCCUGUCAGAACGAAAUAAUGAUCCCUCCAGUCCUACGUCAACGGAACAGAGUUCAAUUCUCUCAUGCAAUGGACAAUCAGACAACCAUGACAGCAUUCUCCAGAAAAAAUAGGAAUGGGGACUCCGAAUUUUGCUGGAGUGAGAGCUGGGAGCCUUAUCUGCUGUUUGUACUGUGGCUGGUACUCUACUGCUUGUGGCUGUUGCCACAAAUGGACCUGAAGACUUUGCCCAGUCUGCUGUUCAACAUCAACCACUGAAGACUAUGAGGGGCCGUUAGGGACAUUAUUCAGGAUUAGCUCUCACACUUACUAUUCAAAUGCUUUCACACACACAAAAACUACUGAAAGGCUCUCAUAAACACAACUCAAACCCUCUCAUACACACGAGUCUUGCUCUCAUAAAGACUACUCAAACACUCUCAAAAACACUACUCAAACACUCAUACGCACAAGUCUUGCUCUCAAAGACUACUCAAACAUUCUCAUAAACACUACUCAAACACUCAUACGCACGAGUCUCGCUCUCAUAAAGACUACUCAAACUCAUAAACACUACUCAAGCACUCAUACACAUGAGUCUUGCUCUCAUAAAGACGACUCACACACUCUCAUUAACAUUACUCUCAUGAACACGAGUCUUGAUCUCAUAAAGACUACUCAAACACUCUCAAACACUCCUCAAAUGGGUUCAUGCGAGCACGUCAAUCACAUUCUCGCACACGUCACUGGCAUUUACGGGUUUAUGUCAAUCAUGCUCACGCACACGUCGAUUAUGCUCACACGUGAAUAGUGUAAAUCUUUUAUUAGGUUAGUUCAAUUCAAAAAGUGAAAAUAUAGAGAUGCACUGCACACUGCACACACUGAGUGAAGUAUUUCAUAUUUAAAAUAUGUAUAAUUUUGAUGAUUAUAGCACAUAGCAAAUAAAAAAAAAUCUCCAUAUUGAGAAACUAAAAUAUAACGUCAAACGAUAUAGUGAAUUAAUACAAGAAAUAAAGUGAUUUUUAAUGUAGAAAUUAGGCUGUAAUUUGCCCUCGGAAAAGUACUUAAGUGUUUAAUCACUCUGAGUACUGAGGAAAAACUUUUCAACUAUAUUCUAAUUUAUUGAGAUGUACCUAUAUUAAAAAAAGUAAUGAAAUAUUUGACUCUGAGUGCGUGUAGUCUGUAGUGCAUAUCUAUGACACGAGUUUCACUACCACAAUUAAAUUACUUCAUUCCCUUUGGCCACCUCAUGAGGUACACCGGCCAUGCUGCCUGCAACGAACCGUAUACAUUUCAGAUUGUAACGCAGCGGUGUUGAAACUCUGUCUUGAGUCCAGGAGUAAACACACGUCCACUUGCGCUUUAGCCCGAAAGGCACAUUUAUUCGGGAACAUCCGCGUCCGGUUAAUGGCGUCUCGCUCUUGAUAGACAAGCCAGCAUAGCCCUACGUCAUACAUGACACGGUUUCUGAUUGGCCGACCAUUACAUCAUAUCCUGCAGCACUUACACAUUAAAAGCAGGCAUUUUAAAUCAAUGAGGAAAAGCGUAACACAAUAAUCAACAAGUAUACGACAUAUAUACAUUAUAAAUAUAUAUGUACUGUAUGUACUUUACAGUAUAAUGCUAUGUAACGCUACUGCUUAAGUUAGGCAUACUAUUGUACUUUAUGGCUGUUGGUCAAUGCCAUAUUUUAUUUUGAAACCACUUCCUUUUCAACUCAUACAAAUACAGACUCACAUUAACGUCAAAUGUCUGCACACAUACAGGUCAAAUAAGCUCGGCUAAACGUCAACUCUAUUCACAUACCAUCCUCAAAUCCAUUCAUAAAAUAUACUCAAAUCCUUUCACCUAAACAUCUCAAAUGCGCGCAUACGUGCUUGUGAAAAAAAAAAUAUCUUGGGAGAUUUAUUUUAAGAUAGAUAGAUUUAGACAUUUUGACAAAUAGACUUAGACAUAAAUAUAGAUCUACACAGCUCGGUAGAUAGAUCGAUAUAUUUUGACAAAUAGAUCAAGAUUUAUAAAUAUAGAUAAACAGAUGGAUUUAGACAAAUACAGAUCUAGACUUAUAAAUAUAGAUAGAUAGAUAGAUAGAUAGAUAGAUAGAUAGAUAGAGGCUUAGUACUUCACAGACGACUUCCUUGUACAUACUGGAAGACUGCUUCACAUCUAGGUGAAUGUCUUACUGAGUUUGAAGUAUUUCGUGCUCUUCUUAGCAUAAUACUUUAUAUAUAUACAAACUUAAACCCAUUACUAUAUAGUAAUAAUUAUAUGUACUAUUUAACCCAUUAUAAAUGUAUCCAUCCAACUUAUAUACUGCUUAUCCUAUCUACCUAUCUAUCUGUGUAGAUCUAUAUUUAUCCAUCCAUCCAUCCAUCUUCUACCGCUUAUCCGAGGUCGGGUCGCGGGGGCAGUAGCUUUAGCAGGGACGCCCAGACUUCCCUUUCCCCAGCCACUUCAUCCAUCUCUUCCGGGGGGAUCCCGAGGCGUUCCCAGGCCAGCCGAGAGAUGUAGUCUUUCCAGCGUGUCCUGGGUCGUCCCCGGGGUCUCCUCCCGGUGGGACGUGCCCGGAACACCUCACCGGGGAGGCGUCCGGGAGGCAUCCGAAUCAGAUGCCCCAGCCACCUCAUCUGGCUCCUCUCGAUGUGAAGGAGCAACGGCUCUACUCUGAGAUCCUCCCGGAUAACCGAGCUUCUCACCCUAUCUCUAAGGGAGAGCCCGGACACCCUGCGGAGGAAACUCAUUUCGGCCGCUUGUAUCCGGGAUCUCGUUGUUUCGGUCACGACCCACAGCUCGUGACCAUAGGUGAGGGUAGGAACAUAGAUCGACCGGUAAAUCGAGAGCUUCGCCUUUCGGCUUAGCUCCUUCUUUACCGCAACGGAUCGAUACAAAGUCCGCAUCACUGCAGAUGCUGCACCGAUCCGCCUGUCGAUCUCCCGUUCCAAUCUUCCCUCACUCAUGAACAAGAUACUUGAACUCCUCCACUUGGGGCAGGAUCUCAUCCCCGACUUGGAGAGGGCACGCCACCCUUUUCCGACUGAGGACCAUGGUCUCAGAUUUGGAGGUGCUGAUUCUCAUCCCAGCCGCUUCACACUCUGCUGCGAACUCCUCCAGUGAGAGUUGGAGGUCACGGCUUGAUGAAGCCAACAGAACCACAUCAUCUGCAAAAAGCAGAGAUGCAAUACUGAGGCCACCAAACCGGACCCCUUCUACGCCUCGGCUGCGCCUAGAAAUUCUGUCCAUAAAAGUUCUGAACAGAAUCAGUGACAAAGGGCAGCCUUGGCGGAGUCCAACCCUCACCGGAAACGAGUCCGACUUACUGCCGGAUAUGCGGACCAAACUCUGACUCCGGUCGUACAGGGACCGAACAGCCCGUAUCAGGGGGUUCGGUACCCCAUACUCCCGAAGCACCCCCCACAGGACCACCCGAGGGACACGGUCGAACGCCUUCUCCAAGUCCACAAAACACAUGUAGACUGGUUGGGCGAACUCCCAUGCACCAUCGAGGACCCUGCCAAGGGUGUAGAGCUGGUCCACUGUUCCACGGCCAGGACGAAAACCACACUGCUCCUCCUGAAUCUGGGAUUCAACUUCCCGACGGACCCUCCUCUCCAGCACCCCUGAAUAGAGAUUACCAGGGAGGCUGAGGAGUGUGAUCCCCCUGUAGUUGGAACUCACCCUCCGGUCCCCCUUCUUAAAAAGGGGGACCACCACCCCAGUCUGCCAAUCCAGAGGCACUGUCCCCGAUGUCCACGCGAUGUUGCAGAGGCGUGUCAACCAGGACAGCCCUACAACAUCCAGAGCCUUGAGGAACUCCGGGCGAAUCUCAUCCACCCCCGGGGCCCUGCCACCGAGGAGCUUUUUAACAACCUCCGUGACCUCAACCCCAGAGAUAGGAGAGCCCACCUCAGAGAACCCAGACUCUGCUCCCUCAUGGGAAGGCGUGUCGAUGGAAUUGCGGAGGUCUUCGAAGUAUUCUCCCCACCGCCUCACAACGUCCCGAGUCGAGGUCAGCAGUGCCCCAUCCCCACUAUACACAGUGUUGAUGGUGCACUGCUUUCCCCUCCUGAGACGUCGGAUGGUGGACCAGAAUUUCCUCGAAGCCAUCCGGAAGUCUUUCUCCAUGGCCUCACCGAACUCCUCCCAUGCCCGAGUUUUUGCUUCAGCAACCACCAAAGCUGCAUUCCGCUUGGCCAGCCGGUACCCAUCAGCUGCCUCAGGAGUCCCACAGGCCAAAAAGACCCGAUAAGACUCCUUCUUCAGCUUGACGGCAUCCCUCACCAUUGGUGUCCACCAACGGGUUCGGGGAUUGCCCCCACGACAGGCACCGACCACCUUACGGCCACAACUCCGGUCGGCCGCCUCAGCAAUGGAGGUGCGGAACAUGGUCCACUCGGACUCGAUCCCCCCCGCCUCCCCCGGAACAUGAGCAAAGUUCUGUCGGAGGUGGGAGUUGAAACUCCUUCUGACAGGGGAUUCCGGCAGACGUUCCCAGCAGACCCUCACAAUACGUUUGGGCCUGCCACGUCGGACCGGCAUCUUCCCCCACCAUUGGAGCCAACUCACCACCAGGUGGUGAUCAGUUGACAGCUCCGCCCCUCUCUUUACCCGAGUGUCCAAGACAUGCGGCCGCAGGUCCGAUGACACGACCACAAAGUCGAUCAUCGAACUCCGACCUAGGGUGUCCUGGUGCUAAGUGCACGUGUGGACACCCUUAUGCUUGAACAUGGUGUUAGUUAUGGACAAUCCGUGACGAGCACAGAAGUCCAAUAACAGAACACCGCUCGGGUUCUGAUCGGGGGGCCGUUCCUCCCAAUCACGCCCUUGCAGGUCUCACUGUCAUUGCCCACGUGAGAAUUGAAGUCCCCCAGCAGAACGAUGGAGUCCCCAGCGGGAGCGCUCUCCAGCACCCCCUCCAAGGACUCCAAAAAGGGUGGGUACUCUGAACUGGUGUUUGGUGCAUAGGCACAAACAACAGUCAGGACCCGUCCCCCCACCCGAAGGCGGCUACCCUCUUGUCCACCGGGGUGAAGCCCAACGUACAGGCGCCGAGCCGGGGAGCAAUAAGUAUACCCACACUUGCUCGGCGCCUCUCACCGUGGGCAACUCCAGAGUGGAAGAGAGUCCAACCCCUCUCGAGAGGACUGGUACCAGAGCCCAAGCUGUGCGUGGAGGCGAGUCCGACUAUAUCUAGUUGGAACUUCUCGACCUCACACACCAGCUCGGGCUCUUUCCCUGCCAGAGAGGUGACAUUCCACGUCCCGAGAGUCAGCUUCUGUAGCCUGGGAUCGGAUCGCCAAGGUCCCCGCCUUCGGCUACCGCCCAGCUCGCAUUGCACCCGACCCCUAUGGCCCCUCCCACAGGCGGUGAGCCCAUGGGAAGGGGGACCCACGUUACCCUUUCGGGCUGUGCCCAGCCAGGCCCCGUGGGUGCAGGCCCGGCUGCACCCGACCCAACCCCUAUGGCCGCUCCCACAGGUGGUGAGCUCAUGGGAAGAGGGACCCACGUUACCCACGGGUGCAACCCCGGCCACCAGGUGCUCGCCUUCGAGCCCCACCUCCAGGCCUGGCUCCAGAAGGGGGCCCUGGUGACCCAAGGGAAAACAUAAUCCAAUAAUUUUUCUCAUCAUACGGGUCUUUGGAGCCUUGCUUUGUCUGGUCCCUCACCUAGGACCUGUUUGCCAUGGGUGACCCUGCCAGGGGCGUGAAGCCCCAGACAACUUAGCUCCUAGGAUCAUUGGGACACACAAACCCCUCCACCACGAUAAGGUGACGGCUCAAGGAGGGGAUCUAUAUUUAUGACAUAUAGACAUAUUUAUGUCUAAAUAUAAUUGUCAAAAUGUAUAUAUCUAUAUCUAUGUGUUUAUAUUUAUAAGUCUAGAACUAUUUGUCAAAAUUUAUCUAUCUAUAUGUCUCGAUCUGUAUUGUCUAAGACUUGUGUGUAUGAGAGUGUUUGAGUAGUGUUUAUGAGUGUUUGAGUAGUCUUUAUGAGAGCAAGACUCGUGCGCAUGAGUGUUUGAGUUGUGUUUAUGAGAGGCUUUCAGUCGUUUGUGUGUGUGACAAAUAGUUUUAGACAUAAAUAUAGAUCUACACAGAUAGAUAUAGAAUAAUGAGCCUAACGGCCCCUCAUAGAAAACACACACCCCACACGAACGCAUACGCGUGUGCACACACAUAUUUUUAGCAGUUAUUACAAAUAUACUGUACACCAUUAUCCAUCUUGCCUUUUAGCCUUACUCCUCUAAGUGAAUGAAUUUGACAAGCUUUUAUCAUUAUUAGCUUUUAAUCUGGCAUAAAAUAAACAGUUUUACAGUUAUCACUGCAAAUCUUGUAGCACAAUAACUCGAGUUUUCAGUCUUGCUGCCAUUAAAUUAGUUGCAUUUCCGUAGAAAAAUAAACAUUAGGACAGCUGUCACCAUCCUUCAAGUCCUACUGGUAUGUAGUACAACUUUGCAAUGUUAAAUAAAGUAUAAAAGGUUACAGGGUUAAAUUCUAAUAUUUUGAGAGCAUGCUGGGAUUUCCUGCCUAUUUUUACAAGCUAUUUUACAAUAACAAGGAACUGUACAUUUUGUUGAAUGGAAAUGUUUCCAAUUGCAAUAUAUAUUUUGAUUCAAAAAAUAUAAAGUCGAAACCAAAACAUAGAAAAGCGAGUUUAAUUUAUUUCUAUGCUUAGAAUUAGCACAUGGGCAGGGGCAGUGGCAGUGCUGGGCUUAAUGGCGCCCUGUACUGCAGGUGGCGCCCUAGGUUCGGUGCUUGGUCCUGAGGUGUAGGGAAAGUAGAUCUGUUUAAUGAUAUCAUUGCUCUGUGCAGACCACACUCAGCCAAGCAUGCCUUGUUGCACCUUGUUUUUUCCCACCAAGCGCAAAGUCAUGUUGUAACAGCAUUCCCCAAACUUUUCUAACAAAAAAAAUCGCAUAUAAUACAGAUCAUUCACACAGGAGGUGCCACCACUGUUCUUGGAAAUCUUUUGACUUUUACCAAACGUUACAAGCACCUGUUGAAAACCGUAUUUUCUAUCACACGUUUAUACAGGAGCCCACUAGUUUUGAAGGAAGGGCUGAAUCAUUUGAAAUUCUGGAAGAAAAUAUUUUUCAAAAAAAAUUUUUCCCCCACUAAGUGAUUACAGAACUUUGCAAUUUUGGCUUUUAAAAUGUCCAAUUGUGCACUGAGUGUACUGUAUGAUACGGGAUUAGUUUCUCUGUCACUGCCAUGGCAAAUUCAAACCACUGACUUCAUUGGUUUGUAAUAUUUUAGUUUGACCUCCUGUGCUAGCUUUGGCGUUAACAUGAAGUUGUGUGUGAUGUAUACGUUAUAAACUCUACUGCACACUUCAUUGAUCAGUCAAAAAUAAGUUUUGUUAUCCUGUUCAUUAAUUUUGUUUCAAUUGGCACAUUUAAUUUUUAACUUAGCUUGUACUCAGCAAAAGAAAAAAAAAUGCAUGUUUUAUUGUUAUCCGUUUGGAUUUACCACAAUUGCUUUAGAGCAAAUUACAACGGUUCUGGCAUGUGGCAGAGUCAAUGGAGCUGAAGCAACAUUUUGCAUUUGUUACAGAUAUGAAAGAGUCUGUGAAGAGUGCUUAGACCUGCUUUUGAUUUAUUUUUAUUUUUUUGAGAAAACUGAAAAUCUGUCUGAAGGCUUUGCUUAAUCCUUUAUUGGUUUGCUAAAUUAUACAGAAGCAAAGAUGGAAGUACUGUACAUUUUCACCACAAUGAUAAAAAUACAGUAAAUUAUUUUAACUUCUGGUUAAUAGUCAACAUUUAGGUUUAAGACCUAUUUUGCAUCAUCUGUCUAAAUACUAUCAGUGUACUUGUUAUAAGUUAAAUUGUUUGAAACAAAGCAUAUAAAUUACUUACAAAUCCCAAUUCCAGUAAAGUUGGGACAUUGUGUAUAAUGUAGAGUUCCGUGAAAAAGUGUUGGCCCCCUCCUCCAAUUCUUAUAUUUUUGCAUAGUUCCACCACUUUAAUGUCAUGAUCAUCAAACAAAUGUAAAUAUCUAACAGAUAUAACCCAUGAACUUAAAAUGCUGUUUUAAAAUGGUGAUUUUAUUUAUUAAGAAAAUAAACUAUUCAAAGUUACCUGGUCUUGUGUGAAAAAGUAAUUACCCCCAUGUUAAACAAUGAAUUAAUUGUGGCUAAUCACAAUUUUGGGUUAAUUUUCACUGAUCACACCCAAGCCUGAUUACCUCUUCAAUCAAGAAAUCACUUAAACAGAAUCUGUCCCAACAAAAUCAAGUCAGACAAAAGAUCUAAAACAGCUGCAACAAAAUGACAUGAUCCAAAGAAAUUCCAGAACAGUCGAGAAAUAAAGUAAAAUAAAAUUGACAUCUAUCAGUCUAGAAGGAGUGAUAAAAGCCAUUUCGAAAGCUUUAGGAUCAGUUUAGGAACAGUUUUCCAGGAGUGGCAGCCCAACGAAGUUUACCCCAAGAGAACAGCAAUGACUCAUCUAGGAGGCCACAAAGGAACCCGGGACAGCAUCUAAAGAACUGCAGGCCUCCCUUGCCAUAGUUAAGGUCAGUGUUCAUGACCGAACAAUAAGAAAGAGACUGGGCAAAAAUGGCAACCAUGGCAGAGUUCCAAGGCAAAAACACUGCUGACCAAAAAGAACAGAAAGGCUCGUCUUACUUUUGCAACAGAAACCCCCCCCCAAAAAAUCGUAAUGAUCCCCAAGACUUCUGGGAGAAUAUUAUAUGGACUGACGAGAAGAAAUUAGCUUUUUGGAAGGUGUGUCUCUUUACAUCUGGCGUAAAUAUCUCACAGAAAAAGUAAUCAUACGAACAGUCAAACAUGGUGGUGGUAGUGUGAUGGUCUUGGGUUGCUUUGCUCCUUCAAGAACUGGACGACUUGCUGUGAUUGCUGGAACCAUGAAUUCUGCUCUUUAACGGAAAACCCUGAAGGAGAAAGUUCAGCCAUCAGUUUGUGACCUCAAGCUGAAGUGCACUUGGGUUCUGCAGCAGGAUAACGAUCCAAAACACACCAGCAUGUCAACUUCUGAUUGGGUUCUUCUGAAGGUUUUGGAGUGGCCUCGUCGAAGUCCAGACUUGAAUCAGAUUGAAAUGUCGUGACAUGACCUUAAAAAGGACCUUCAUGCUGAAAACCAUUAAUUUCUGCUGAAUUCAAACAAUUCUGCAAGGAAGAGUGGGCCAAAAUAUCUCCACAGAGAUGUAAAAAAACUCAUUGCCAGUUAUAGAAAAUGCUUGAUUUCAGUUGUUGCUGCUGAGGAUGGCCCAAAAGGUUAUUAGGGUUAGGGAGCCAUUACUUCUUCCACACAGGGCCAGGAAACUUUGAAUAGUUUUUUUUGUAAAAAAAAAUUUGAAAUAAAAUAAAUCACCAUUGAAAAAGAGCAUUUUAAGGUCACUUGGGUUAUAUUAGUCUAUUUACAUUUGUUUGAUUAUCUUAAAAAAAGUGGGGAAACUGCAAAAUAUAAGAAUUUGAGAAGGGGUCCAACACUUUCACAGCACUGUAAAUAGAAACAGAAUACAAUGAUUUGCAAAUCCUUUUCAACCAACAAUCGAAUACACUACAAAGACGAGCUAUUUAAUAUGCUUGACACAAUCAGGAUUUUUGGGGCCGAUCACUGAUCAGCGAGUUUAAAAAAACGAUCACCGAUCCGAUCACAAGUUGGACGAAUGUGUCUAUUUAAAUGACCUGUUCAUUUACUGUAUAUACUUGUGUACUUAAUUGCUCAAAAAAAUUAUAUUUACAAUAAAUAAUAAAUCUAUUUAUGCCAGUGAGGCAUCGUGACAGACAGAACAAAUGAAUGGUCUUCGAUUAGAUGGCAGGAAGUACAUACAGUAAUUAAUGUAUCCACUUUUUGUGACAUUUUAGUUUGUUGGUGUGCCGUGAGAUUUUUUUCAAUUGUAAAAUAUGUUCCUAUGAUCAUCAUCAAGGUUGGAAAUCACUGCUUUAGUCAGAUUGUGUAUUCUAAUCAGUCAGGUCAAGCCAACAUUACAACAUGACAGAAAUAAUGGGUGCUAACUUACUGUAAUUGAAUUACUUCUCCCACACCAAAACUUUAAAGCAUGAUUCGACAGAACGGCGGCAUGUUUACCUACAACUGUUAGUGCUAGCACUAGCUUGCUAGGCUACAUAACGUUUUGUUGCCUGCUUGCGAGCCGUAUCGUAUUAUAAGGACGUGAACACACCUCAAGCAAGCCUUAAACGAAUGUCCUCUCCUGUCCUGAGCACCAACACACGUUUUCCCCCAUUUUGUCCUUGUAAUACAGUUGGCGCGAUCCACUCUUGUCGUCGUCACGUAACGAGUGUAUCCGGUCGCAUUUGAGUUGACAAGAUAAAGCCCAAUGAUCAUAAAAAACGGGAUGCGGUGGUAUCGGAAUAGAAGAUUUUAUUGCAGUAGUCUGACAUGAGCAAAUUUGUCUUGUAGCCUGAUCCGGGCAUUACGUGUUGUCUGUCUUAUACGUGUUGUCUAUCCCACACCGCCGACAUGUUGUUUUUUGUUUGUUUUUUCCCAUUGAUCGGAUCGGCGGAUUAUGACAAAGCCGAUCAGCAUAAAAUGCUAAUAUCGGCGGAUCCCGAUCAGGCCGAUAAAAAUCGCUGUAAAGUCUAAUAUUUAAUGUUUAACCUGAUGAACAUUGUUUUAUGAAAAUACUCUCUCAUUUUGAAUUUGAUCCUUGCAACACUUUCCAUAAAAGCUGGGACAGGGGCAAAAAAAAAUAAAAAAAUCUUGCAACUUUGAUUUAUUUGUUUUUUUUUUACAACUUCGAUAGAGUGUGACAUAUCAACGACAACUCUCUGACAGUACACCUUUACGUCGACCAAUAAGAUUGCGUACUGUGAGCGGCGCAUGCCCUCCCGUGCUAGCCGUUGUCAACAUACUUGCAUGCCGUUGUCAACAUUUAUUCACGCGAAGCACAGGUGUCAAACUGGUGGCCCGGGGGCCAGAGCCAGCCCGCCACAUAAUUUUAUGUGGCCCGCGGAAGCAAAUCAAAAUUGCUCAAAAUUCUGGUGUAAUACCAUUGAGAUAUUUGCAAGCAUUUUUUUGUUACCAAUCCCCCUUUGAAAAGAAAUCUAACACAACCCCAAUUAGCUAGAGUGGGUCAUGUGUGAUUUAUACAACCCCAAUUCCAAUUAAGUUGGGACGUUGUGUUAAACAUAAAUAAAAACAGAAUACAAUGAUUAGCAAAUCAUGUUCAACCUAUAUUUAAUUGAAGACACUACAAAUACAAUACAUUUAAUGUUCAUCCAUCCAUCUAUCCAUUUUCUACCGCUUAUCAUAGGUCGGGUCGCGGGGGCAGUAGCUUUAGCAGGGACACCCAGACUUCCUUCUCCCCAGCCACUUCAUCCAGCUCUUCCGGGGGGAUCCUGCGGCGUUCCCAGGCUAGCCGAAGGACGUAGUCUCUCUAGCGUGUCCUGGGUCGUCCCCGGGGUCUCCUCCCAGUGGGACGUGCCCGGAACAUCUCACCAGGGAGGCGUUCGGGAGGCAUCCGAAUCAGAUGCCACCUCAUCUGGCUCCUCUCGAUGUGGAGGAGCAGCAACUCUACUGUGAGAUCCUUCCGGCUUCUCACCCUAUCUCUAAGGGAGAGCCCGGACACCCUGCGGAGGAAACUAAUUUCGGCCGCUUGUAUCCGGGAUCUUGUUCUUUCGGUCACGACCCACAGCUCUUGACCAUAGGUAAGGGUAGGAACGUAGAUCGACCGGUAAAUCGAGAACUUCGCCUUUCAGCUUACCGCCUUCUUUACCACAACAGAUCGAUUCAGCUUCCCUGAAUUGCUCAGUCAUUCACAAGCAAAGAUGGGGCGAGGUUCACCUCUUUGUGAACGUGAGAAAAUAGUCGAGCAGUUUAAGGACAAUGUUCCUCAACGUACAAUUGCAAGGAAUUUAGGGAUUUCAUCAUCUACGGUCCAUAAUAUCAUCAAAAGGUUCAGAGAAUCUGGAGAAAUCACUGCAUGUAAGCGGCAAGGCUGAAAACCAACAUUGAAUGCCUGUGACCUUCGAUCCCUCAGGCGGCACUGCAGCAAAAAUCGACAAUGUGUAAAGGAUAUCACCGCAUGGGCUCAGGAACACUUCAGAAAACCAAUGUCAGUAAAUACAGUUCGGUGCUACAUCCGUAAGUGCAACUUAAAACUCUACUAUGCAAAGCAAAAGCCAUUUAUCAAACAACACCCAGAAACGCCGCCAGCUUCUCUGGGCCCGAGCUCAUCUAAGAUGGACUGAUAUCAGCAAAGUGGAAAAGUGUUCUGUUUUCCGACAAGUCCACAUUUCAAAUUGUUCUUGGAAAUUGUGGACGUCAUGUCCUCUGGGCCAAAGAGGAAAAGAACCAUCCGGACUGUUAUGGAAGCAAAGUUCAAAAGCCAGCAUCUGUGAUGGUAUGGGGCUCUGUUAGUGCCAAUGGCAUGGGUAACUUACACAUCUGUGAAGGCACCAUUAAUGCUGAAAGGUACAUACAGGUUUUGGUGAAACAUAUGCUGCCCUCCAAGCAACGUCUUUUUCAUGGACGUCCCUGCUUAUUUCAGCAAGACAAUGCCAAACCACAUUCUGCAUGUGUUACAACACCGUGGCUUCGAAGUAAAAGUGUGCGGGUACUAGACUGGCCUGCCUGCAGUCCAGACCUGUCUCCCAUUGAAAAUGUGUGGCGCACUAAUGAAGCAUAAAAUACGACAAUGGAGACCACGGAUUGUUGAACAGCUGAAGCUGUACAUCAAGCAAGAAAGGGAAAGAAUUCCACCUACAAAACUUCAACAAUUAGUGUCCUCAGUUCCAAAACGUUUAUUGAAUGUUGUUAAAAGAAAAGGUGAUGUAACACAGUGGUAAACAUGACCGUGUCCCAGCUUUUUUGGAACGUGUUGCAGCCAUAAAAUUCUAAGUUAAUGAUUAUUUGCUAAAAACAAUAAAGUUUAUCAGUUUGAACCGUUAAUAUCUUGUCUUUACAGUGUAUUCUAUUAAAUAUAAGUUGAACAUGAUUUGCAAAUCGGAGUUUGCAUGUUCUCCCCGUUCCUGUGUGGGUUUUCUCCGGGCACUCCGGUUUCCUCCCACAUCCCAAAAACAUGCAUUAAUUGAAGACUCUAAAUUGCCCGUAGGCAUGACUGUGAGUGCGAAUGGUUGUUUGUUUCUAUGUACCCUGCGAUUGGCUGGCAACCAGUUCAGGGUGUACCCCGCCUCCUGCCCGAUGACAGCUGGGAUAGGCUCCAGCACUCGCGCGACCCUAGUGAGGAGAAGCGGCUCAGAAAAUGGAUGGAUGGAUGAUUUGCAAAUCAUUGUAUUCUGUUUUUAUUUAUGUUUAACACAACAUCCCAACUUCAUUGGAAUUGGGGUUGUAGUUGAAAAACAUGCUUCGAUAGGCUUCUGAUUUCAAAACUGGCUAUUCAUCAAUGUGUUGUGUAUACUGUAUGUAAUUACAGUAUAGGAGGUAAUCUUUCAUUUAUAUGGGUUCACAGUUGUCGCGGACCUCCGAGGGAAGUCAUAACUACGAUGUGGCCCGUGACAAAAAUGAGUUUGACACCCCUGCUUUAGAGCAUGAUUCGACGGAACCCCGGCAUGUUUACGUACAACCGUUAGUCCUAGCACUAGCUUGCUAGGCUGCAUAACGUUUUGUUGCCUGCUUGCAAGCCGUAUCGUAUUAAAAGUACAAGAACUUACCUCUUGAAGGAACGUUGUCUCCCGAGCAUCAUAGACGAACACCACAAGUUUUUCAGCAGUUUGUCCCCCCACACUCACUCGCACGCACAGAAAAAAUACAUUGGUGCGGCACAUUGUUGUUGUCGUCGCUAUGGUAACGAGUAUCCGGUCGCAUUGACCGGUGACACAUUUUCUGUUUCCACUUCUCCGACAGUGUUUGAUUUGACAAGAUAAGUCCAGUGAUCGUAAAAGACGGGAUACGGUGCUAUCGGAAUAAAUGUCAUGUAGUGUUGCCACUGUCUGCUCGAGAAACUGCACGAUUUGAUGCCGGUAGUCUGAGAUAGUGCAAUCGGGAAAGACCAAAUUUGUCUCGUAGUCUGAUCCAGGCAUUAAUUGUAAACAGGUGAGUGUCAUGAUUGGUUAUACAUAAAAAGGAGCACCUCCGGAAAGCUGUUCACAAGCAAGGUUCAAAAUUUUGUGAACAACUGGGUGAGCAAAUAGUCCAAAAGUUCAAGAAUGUUUCUGAAAGUACAAUUACAAGGAAUUCAGGGAUUUCAUCAUCUACGGUCCAUAAUAUGUUCAAAAGAUUCAGAGAAUCCGGAGUAAUCUCUGCACGUAAGCGGCAAGGCUGAAAAGCAACAUUGAAUGGGUGUGACCUUCGAUCCCUCCUGCAUUAAAUUGUGUAAAGGAUAUUGCCACGUGGGCUCAGAAACACUUCAGAAAACCACUGUCAGUUAACACAGUGUGUCGCUACAUCUACAAGUGCAAGUUAAAACUCUACCAUGCAAAGCGAAAACCAUCGAUCAACAACACCCAGAAACGCCACCUGCUUCUCUGAGCCUGAACUCAACUGAACUGAACUCUGGAAGUGGAAGUUUGCCUUGGCCUCUUCGGGGCAGUGUGGUGUGAUGCACGCAUGGAGCUACACGUGUAGUCAAAGCUAAAAAAGAGUAGAAGAAGAAAGUCACUUUAGAACUUUAAUAAACUAGUUUUUCACAGAUUAGGAAUAUAUGUCUAUGAGUAUUAAAUUUUUUAACUGUAUGUGUUACUACGGCAUUUUAAUGUGAGUAUUCGUUAUUUGAAGGUAAAUCCCUCCUGUGAGCUAAUGCUAAUUUUAGCUAGCCCGUCAAUAGGGUUUUCCAUUGUGGUAGCAUUAGGCUGGCCAUCUCUAUAACAAACUGUGUAUUGUAUUUAAAUAUAUAAUGUCUGUAAUUAUUUUGUUGUGCAUUUAGUUUUACAACUCCAACUGGGGUGUCAUUAAACACGCUCAAGAAAGGCAGAAUAACAUGUCAAACACUUGCCGCAAGAGACAAGUGUGCCUUCAGAGUGCAUUUACAACACAGGGACUUGCAUGCUUAUUAAUCUUUUUUUUUUUUUUAAUCUACUUAAAACACCCCUGGAGAUUUUUUCUCCCCCAAACUACAAAUUUGAGAAUCGAUGAAGAAUCAAAUCGUUAAGCAGUAUCAAAAAUGGAAUCGGAAAAAUCUUAUCAAUUGCGGUCCCUAAGGAAGCAUGAGAAAUAAUUCCACCGACAAAGCAACAGUUACUGUCCUCUGAAAUGCUUAUUGAGUGUUGUUAAAGGGAAAGGUAAUGUUACACAAUGGAAAACAUGCCCCUGUCCCAACUUUUGGGGAAAGUGUUGCAGGCAUCAAAUAUAAAAUGGGAGAAUAUUGAAAAAAAAAAAAAAAAAAAACUAAAGGUAUGUUAGAACAUUAAAUAUAUUUUCUUUGUAGUGUAUUCAAUUGAAUAUUGAGAUUUGCAAAUCAUUGUAUUGUGUUUUUAUUUACUUUUUACACAUCGUCCCAACUUUGGAAUUGGAAUUGGGUUUUGUAUUAUAAACCAGUACAUACUGUCUAUAGAGAAACAUUUGCCUGUGCCAGCGAUGCGAUUCAUAUAUAUUUAGUAUUUGAAUAUCUUAAUUGUUUCAAGGAAGUAAUUCACAAAAUAUUUGUUUUAUUCCUAACAGUGUCAGAAAUCAACAUUCAUGUCAGUUCUGGACUGGAUGGCUGUUAAAUUCAAUGAAGUAAAAAUUAGUGGCUCAAAUAAGAUACAAGUUGUUUCUUCAUGUUUAUAUUUAUAUAUUGUAUUACUAACUUAUGGAUGUAUGUAUUUAAACAUGCUUGAACUCUCUCCUGCCUGAAAGAGAAUGCAUGGGAAUGAAAACUUUAUCAAUGUGCUAUUUUUAAACAGUACAGUGAAUAUAAUGAAGCACUAUUAGAAGGAAAUAUUAAACAUCCUUCUUUUAUUUUACCAUUAAAAUACAGAAUCAUCCAUCCAACAAGUACAUUUUGUCCAACUCUUAUUUGGAAUUUGUGUUUAGCAUUAAUUAUUUUAAAAAAGUAGAUUUAGGUCUAACGGACACAUUCUCGCCCGAUGGCACCGUGACCCCCAAACCCCAGACCAACCGGCAUCGCUAUCGCCGCUCCCCCGCCGAGGGAGACGACCACGGGGAUGCCAGAUUUAACUUCGCACAGGGAGGCUAAAUGAAUUACAGACCAUCCCAAGUAGCAUCAAAGCUGAGACACAGACACCAGGUUUCUCACCCGGACGUUAAAUUAAUUAACUUCCAGCCUGAAGAGCCUCAGCAACAAAGACUCCUCUUUCCCGUUGUCUUUAGAGACAUUUGCCCGUCCGGGCUGGGACAAUGAACGGUGCACUAGCGACACCCACAUGUAGUGGAAAGUCACUGCAACCCCAGAUUAACUAAUCAAAAUCUUCAUUGGAUUUGAAUGUGAUAUAAUAUUUUAAGAACUUUACAUGAACGCCACAAGUGAUUGUAUUUCUGCAAAUUUGAAUGGCAAAUCUGUUUGUCAACGGAACACCCCACACAACACAAAUGCCACAUUACAAAUAUUACAGUGUUCUCAACAACCACAUCCACUUGAAACAUUUGUUACAGGGAUUAAAGAGGAUGGGCGCGUGACAAUGCAAAGUGGGAAAAUGGUCUCGUUAUCUUAAAUCCAAUCAUUAAUAUUUAAUUCCACUGUGUUUAAACCACAAAAUAAUCCUAAAAUGGAAAAGUAACAUUCAGAGGCAGUCCAGCUUCCCUUUUGGUCCCGGAGGUGGUAGAAAGGAAGGGGAUUGGGGGGGCAGCUGGCCAUAAAAGGCCGGAGUCCCUUUGCUGCUUGGCUCUCUGCUCUUUUUUCGUCCAACCAACUUGCCGAAGACUGGCCCAGCCAGGACACCCCACCUCGCACCACGAGGUGGCGAGGACACAUCGGACCGUUCCCCCACUGCAGGGCAUGCUACCGGCGCUCCGAGCUACACUUUUUGGGCGCUCGGGCAAGCUCCGUGGAGACGGAAGCGGAUAGCACACGUCCGCACCGAACAUCUGACGAGCAGCAACACCCGGGCUCCGGCCGUCCUGCCUGGGAACCUUUUGUGUUCCCUUUUUUUCCCUUCCUCCUUUCCGCCAAAUCCAACUAUUCCCCCGGGUGGACUGGACCGGCCAACUAUUCGGAAGCUCGACCCGUCUGCCUCACUUGUGUUCAACACACAGUCCAACAUGCUGUUACUAAAAGUACAGAUUAGUGCAUAUUUGGGUUUAAAUUAACGAGAACAGGAACCCCCAACUAUAUGCAUUGUCACUACACGCUCAUUCCACCCUCACAUCACAAAUCAGUCUCCUUUGCCAAUGUUUGUCUGUCCUUUGUUUUGUUUUUUCUUCCUGCAUUGUUUGACUUGUAGAUCCCCAUGUUACAUCUCAUUAAAAUUUCUCUAAAAAUUCA